AUGACCAAGAAAAGGAUCGUGGUGAUCGGCGCAGGAGUCGCAGGGCUCACUACGGCACUCCUCCUAUCCGAACGCAGCGGAUACCGCAUCACGGUAGCUGCGAAGCAUAUGCCUGGGGAUUAUGACGCCGAAUACGCUUCCCCAUGGGCUGGGGCUAAUUAUAUGCCGGUUUCGAUACGUGGAAGCAUGGCGGCCGAGUGGGAUAAAAAGACUUGGGCAUGGCUGCUAGAUCUUGCGAUGAACCGUCCAGAAUCAGGCGUACAUCUACAGGAAUGUGAGAUCUAUAGCAGAGCCAAAGAUAAUGGGUCCGCCACGGCGGAUUGGUUUUCUGAGUUACUGGCACCAAACCCCUGGUUCAAAGAUAUUGUCCCAAACUUCCGGGACAUCACACAGGACACCCUAAUUGCUGGGGUGGAGUCUGCUAAAAGUUUCACUUCGGUCUGCAUUAAUACAGCUAUAUAUCUUCCCUGGCUUGUUUCUCAGUGCCUGAAGAAUAGCGUAACUUUUCGUCGCGCAAAUUUCAAACAUAUUUUGGAAGCUUCGAAAGGUAUUCAGUUAGGGGGACCCUUUGACUUGGUAGUUAAUUGUACUGGUCUCAUGGCGUCUCAGCUGGGUGGCGUGGAAGAUAAGUCGCUUGUGCCUGCUCGUGGCCAGAUUGUGGUUGUCAGUAAUAAUGCGAGCAAGAUGAUCAGUAUAUCAGGAACCGACGAUGGAGAUGAUGAGGCUUGUUACGUCAUGACAAGGGCCGCGGGGGGUGGUACCGUUCUCGGUGGAUCCUACCAGAAGGGUAACUGGGAUCCUCAAGUUGACCCUAACCUUGCUGUCCGAAUAAUGAAGAGAGCGGUCGAAUUGUGUCCAGAUCUGACUGGUGGGAAAGGCAUUGAACAUCUCGAUGUUAUCAGGCACGGCGUGGGGUUGAGGCCAGUACGCGAGGGGGGGACCAGGGUAGAAAAGGAGCGUAUUGGUGAUACAUUGGUAGUUCACAAUUAUGGCGCCGGUGGGGCUGGAUAUCAGUCGUCAUUCGGGUGUGCACAAACAGCUGUCGACCUGAUCGAGGAAGCAUUGGGCACGGGCGCGAAACUAUAG